CAGAUCUCGUUAAAAACCGCAACUUCUGGUGGCGGCGGACGCCCAUUACUCCGGCAGGCUUCAGCAUUUAGCGAUUCCAAUUCGUUUGUCAGGCCUAUAUGGAGUCCAUUCCUGGAGGUCUUCAGGAUUUCCUUGGCUUUCAACAGGGACUACAGGGCAAUGGUGGAGGAAAUUUGUUGGGAUAGAGGAAGCAUUAAAAAUGUUGGAGCAUGAUGCAAAUCCAACUAUCAGCAAGUCAACAGGCCUGCCUCGGAAGCGUUUCUACCGUGCAAGAGCACACAGCAACCCUCUGAGCGACUCUCACUUCCCUGUACCAAUUUCACCCAGUGAAGUUGACUAUUCCCUUCACUACCCUCAAUGGUUCCCUUCAAAUGAUCAGCCAGAUAGAUCGAAAAAGGUUGAAUUUGCAGAUAUUGGAUGUGGUUUUGGAGGUCUUCUGAUUAGUCUCUCGAACCUUUUCCCCGAAACCCUGAUGAUUGGAAUGGAACUCCGGGAUAAAGUAACAGAGUAUGUUAAGGAACGGAUCUUAGCUUUAAGAGUAGCAAAUCCUGGCCAGUACCAGAACAUCUCGGUAGUUAGAACAAAUUCCAUGAAGUACAUCCCAAACUACUUCGAAAAGGCGCAACUUUCGAAAAUGUUUUUCUUGUUCCCGGAUCCUCAUUUCAAAGAGAAGAAUCAUCGGCGUCGUGUGAUCAGUCCACAUCUGCUCGAUGAGUAUGCAUUCGCCCUGAGAGUUGGAGGAAUUAUAUACACAAUCACAGAUGUGGAAGAGCUUGGAGAGUGGAUGAAGGCUUGUCUAGAGAACCACCCCUUGUUCGAGGCUCUAACGGCAGAAGAACUCGAGGCAGAUCCGGCCGUCGAGCUUUUAAGUUCUGCAACUGAGGAAGGACAAAAGGUUGCAAGAAAUGAGGGACAGACUUUUCGGGCAGUUUAUAGACGCAUUAGUGCAGCACCAUGAGUUGGAAGCAUUGAGCUUUCUGGGUUCCAUUUGAUUGAAGUAGUGAUUUGCUUCCUUGAGUUUUAGCUACUUCAUAGUCUUUAUUUGUAUUCUAUUUUCUGUUUUUAUGAUAAAUACAUUUUUUUAUUGAAAGCUAUUACUGUUAGAAAUUUGGUCUGAUUUACUUCAGAUAUGAGCUGGGCUGAGAACUUCCCCCUAAUCUGGAAUUCCAAAUCAGUUAUUACAAUUUUUGUCAUAUGGAAAUGGAUUAGCGUUUCAGGAAA